CUCUCCUCCACGCUGCCUCGUCGCAGCAACCUUCCAGACCCUUUCUCUAGAGUAUCGCCACUCACCAUGGUUAGAGGCAGUUGUCGCCAUGUCCGACGGUCAGGCAACGGAGACCCCAACCUCAGAAUCCAGGAAGGCAAAGCGUCCUCGGACGACGGACGAAUCUCGCAAACGGACCGCUAGAGCGUGUAUCACUUGUCGCAAGCUGAAAGACAAAUGCGAGGGCGGUAUACCCUGUCGACGGUGCAUUCGACUCCGACGCCCCUGCCAUAUCGACCCACCGCCAAACAAUAAUAGCACACUGGAGGAAGGGCAAGACACGGGAGUCAAAAACGGAACCCGGCAGCCGGGCUCGCCGAAGAGUCAUGGUCAAGAGAGAGUCCAUUAUCUGGAGGAAAUAGCCCGUCACUUCCUGGGAGAUGUCUCUCUGGACACCGAGAACCUCCGAUCGAUUGCCGAGAAACUCAAGGACCGUCGCUCCGAGCCAUUGUAUGGGAGUCCUGGGUUUUCUGACACGCUGGAGGAGGAGCUGAGUAUGGACCAUGAGACCUUCGCGGUCAACACAUUGUCGAACAAUACUGCGCAUUACUCUGGCGAUUUCUCACAUUGGAACUUCUCGCAAAAGAUCCAUCGAAGGCUGAGACAGCAGCUGAACGACGGUGACCCCAAGCACCUGAGCCCGCUCGAGUACUGGAGGGCCACUCAUCUGCAGCUACCACCUGCUGUGGUUUCAAGUUCCAUCUCCUUCCUACCACCCUUGCCUAUUGCCGAGUUUCUUACGGAGAUCUUCUUCAAAUAUGUCCAGAACAAUUAUUUUUUCGUGGAGGAGACCUGGCUCAAGGGGAAGUUGAAGGUCUGUUACGAGCAACCGUCCGAGGUGUCGGCCAGCGAUGCUAGCUGGGUCUGUUCGGUGUUGAUGAUUCUGGCCAUUGGCACCCAAUUUGCGCACAUGGAAGCCCAAGAUUCUGGGCCCUUGGCCGAAGAUCUGAGCUUCUGCUCCGAGGACAACGUGGGCAUCACCUUCUACCAUACGGCUUGUCGGCUAAUUCCGGAUGUCAUCACACUUGCCUCGCUGGAAAGUGUUCAGGCGUGCUUGUUGCUUGCGGAGUAUACGCUGCCCUUGGAUACUCAUGGGCUGGCAUACACAUACCUCGGCCUUGCGAUCAAAAUGGCAAUCCAGAAUGGGAUGCAUCGAAAAUACACCGGCAAUGGCUUCGAUGAGAGGACCAUUGAGACGCGCAAUCGAUUAUGGUGGACGUCUUACAGCCUGGAGAGACGGAUCAGUGUCAUGCAUGGAAGGCCAGCUUCACUCUGUCAGUCUGAAACCGAUGCAGAUUUCCCUCGAAAUACGUUCCCUAAUAGCCCUGGUCGCCCUUCUAACUUUCAGAAUAUGGCUGCCUCCAUCCAGCUCCAUGUUCGGCUGGGAGACAUUGCGACCACAAUAAAACUGCUGAGAAAAUGUCCGAAGCGAUUAAAAGACGAGUACUUUGGCCGCAUGCUGCAGAUUAGAGAGCGCCUUUUCGAAUGGUGGAUCACAUUGCCGGACAAGAUUGACUGUCGAGACCUCAAUCCCGAAGGACCGCUAUUCCGACACAACUGCCACCUGACGCUCUGCUUUCUUCUCUGCAAAAUCUACAUGGGCCGGCCCUUUCUUUUUUGCAACGUCAGACCAGACGAACCUGGCACCGUGCCCAGUCGGGUCGCCCCACAAUCGCUGCUGGUGAAGGACUGUGUCGAGAGCGCCUUAGAAAUCGUGAACCUCCUUCAAUUCAUCCAGGACCAUUGCGGCCUAUGUCGAGCGUCGUACACCGAGUUCAGCUCCUGCCGCGUGGCUCUCCUGGUGAUCAUCGCACAGAGCAUCAACAAGCGCACAAAACAACUGCGCGACGCCUCCACACAGGGGAUGAAACUCAUCAAGCUCAUGACGGGGGGUAUGUCCACGUACGCAGAGCUGUCCCUGAUCGAAUCGCUGCAGGCGGCGAUGAAUUACCUGGACUCCCAGGCCCAGCCUGGAGCCGGGGCGGAGACCGAGAGAGCAGAGUCCGGGUACGACCGAUUCAAAAGCUGGGCCCGGUUCUGGAAGCAGCCGUCGAGUGGCUUGGAGACCACCUUCAGCCCUCAGUCGACGUCGCCCACGCUGCCAGAUGGCGAUGGUCUAGCUCUUCGAGACCCGAAUGCCCCGUUCACGCACAGUCCUCAGACAGCAGGCGUCUACCCGGACGCCUUUCAGUUCGCCUUAUCUCAGGACCCGGACUUUAUCCCAUUUUCCAACUGAGACAGGACUAAGCACUUGGAUCAAGGACUUCUACAUAAGUACUAGGUAGCUAAUCAACUAUUACUCUUUCGGAGUCUUCCUGAAGAAUGAAUUUGGCAUGAUACCAAUUGUUAAUUAGUGAUUGUGUGCGCCCGCUAUAUAUAAUAGAACCUUAG